CUACAGCAAAUCCUACAAGUCGCUAAACAGCAAUGCAGUGCGUGUUUACAAGUAGGAGAACGAUAAACUCUAUUAAUCUGUCAUCUGUCUGUUUGACAAAGUUUAAUCUUUGUAUUGUAAUUCGCGAGAAGUCCUUCAAGAAAACAAGCCGUUAGUAUUUGUUGUACAAAUUUACGCUUGGCUAAUAAUUUUCGGUUUAAACAUUAUCCUGGCAAGCUCAACGACUACUCUAAACUCAUCUAAAUUUUAAAAAAAUAUCUGGGACAAAGACCAGGAUGGUGGGGCCCGCUCCAGGCAGAGGCGGCCAUGAGGCUCGUAACUUGCAGCCUUCUUCAGCUGAGACGCCCGCGGUCAAAGAGAAAUCUGCAACCGAGAGAGUUUGGGACCAUUUACGCUAUGCUAGCUGCCCUGCGCACCAGUUGCAAACUUCAGCGAACCAUCUGCACCCGACUAUACACCAUCUGCACCAUCACUCACAAACUUCGCAACUCACUUCUGGACCACCGUGCACCAUUCAAUCUUUAGACACAAGCGCCGUGACGACGUCUGGUGAGUACGGCAGGUUCCCGCGCGGCAGCGAGGCCGUCGGUAGGGCCCCUGUGUACCGCCCCCUGCAGCACGUCCUGGACCGGUCGUACGCAGGGCAGCGAUACAGGAACCAUUCCUUCAACUUGUAACCUCAGCGAGGAAUAGGUGGAAUAGGAGAGGAAUGGGUGGAUGAGGCGAGGAAUGGGUGGAUGAGGCGAGGAAUGGGUGGAUGAGG